AUGGAAAUACUGCACUUUGGAAACCUCGUGGCUAUAAAAGAUGUGGAUAGGUGCUCCACGUCCUCAGGCCUUGUAUUUGGGAUACAGGAAAACAUCUAUAGUCUUCCACAAGCCAGCGUUUCUUCUCGCGUUAAUGCCAUGACUGAGGCAAUCAAGUAUUGGUGGAGUCAGCUGAGAGUGGUCGGUACUGUUGGGACUGGAGUCACGUUCAGAAGUUCCCAGUCGGGUAGUCCUAUCAGCUAUUUCACCAGGAUGGCCUGGGCAACCACUUCAAGGAUUGGAUGUGCUGUUACACAGAAAAACAAAGAUAAUAUACCCGAUACUAAGAUCUACACUCCAGGCAAUGCAUGCUCUCAGUGCCAAGGUGGCUAUCGCUGUAGCUCAGACAAGCUGUGCGCUCGUUCUAACACGACGAUUAUCCAACAUCUCAACUCAAUAGAUGCCUCUCAUGAAAUAAAAAAGACACUUCGUUCAAUAGGAUCAUUGAAGUUCAAUUCGCAUAGGAUUGCAAACUACAGAAAGGACGCAUGUUUAAUAUUCUCAAGAUAUUUCUAUGCAAGCGCUCCUCCACGCUCACGACAAUGUGAAGCCAUCGUCGCCCAGACUUUCUACAACCGCGUAAGCCUAACUCCUAGGUAG